UUCACAUGCAAAUGCAUUUCUGUGCGUGUUACACCCAAUUGGUCAGCUAAGGAUAUCUGUCACAGAAGACAUAUUAUAUAUAGAGGAGGGUUUACCAUACAUUGACGUCAGAUGUCCGUAAUAUCAAGUAGAGGACGGUAUAACCACACUGAAAAGGAUUGGUAAUCGUAGUCUUUUGGAUUUUUGCAAAUAUGGAAAGCGGCAACAUGACUGACAUCCAUCCUUGUUAUGAAAUAGAUAAUUUCUCUUACGUACUAACAAGCGAGCCUUCAACUGGAUGUGUUUCUUUGUAUAUUUUCCUCGCGUUAUUAUCUGUAGUUACAAUAUGUGGAAACUUUCUUGUAAUGAUCACCAUUUUUUACUUCAAACAGCUUCACACUCCUACGAAUUAUCUGAUUUGUUCUCUAUCUGUGGCCGAUAUGCUUGUGGGUGUUAUUGUUUUCCCUCUCAGUAUGGCCUUUUCUCUGAGCUCAUGCAUUUAUUACGAGGACUUACUCUGCAAAAUACGAGGCAGUUUCGACAUAUCGCUUAGCACUUGUUCUAUUUUGAACCUAUGCUGCAUUGCCAUUGAUAGAUAUUACGCAGUAUGUCAGCCUUUGACGUACAGAACGAAAAUGAAUCAUUGUGUUGUCGCGAUGAUGAUAAUAAUCAACUGGGGGGUGUCUGCUCUAAUCGCGAUUGGAGUCCUGAUUGCUGGGUUACAAAAUGAAAACUGCGAGGAAAAGUGUUUGAUUGAUAUUCUCAUGGAAAACACAAUCGGGCCUUUAUUGUCUUUUUACUUACCGGUGGUUAUAAUGCUUUGCAUUUAUCUGAAGAUUUUACUGGUUGCAUUGAGGCACGUACGCAGCAUCCAGAUCUCAGCCAAGACCGGAUUGAUUGUCAAUAAGGUUGAGCGAAAAGCCACCAAAACUCUCGCUACAGUUUUGGGCGUCUUUUUGAUCUGUUGGACUCCAUUCUUUCUUUGUGUAACCUUUCUGCCUUUUAGCGAUGUAGUCGUACCGGUUCCGGUUAUUGAAUCACUGAACUGGUUGACUUUGUCCAACUCAAUGCUCAAUCCGUUUAUCUAUGCUUUUUUUUACAGCUGGUUCCGAUCUGGAUUCAGAAUGAUCAUGUCGGGAAAAAUAUUUCUCGAUGAUUUCACUAAUUCGGCAUUGUGUUGAAUUGCUUUUGAUGUGUGCGGAUCAUUACAAUCAUUACAUAACGUUGUGAGUGAAGUAAAAGGAAAACAAGGGUUUGAACACAAUGUUACAUAUGACCUGCGUUUUAUUCUUAUAGAACUGAGCUAAAAUCUGAGUUUUGGACUCAUUACUUAAUUACUGACCAGAAUUUUAGAUGUUUGCUGACUGGAUGGAAUAAAGUAGUCAACUACAACUCAUAACAACGACAUA